CGGAUGAAUAUUUGCGCGCGUUUUUAAAUCAACAAUAUGGCGGCAGUUUUGUCGAAUCGUAGAAUGGGAAAACAAACGCUAAAUAAAACCACGAAGACUCCGCAAGUGCUGAACAAUGUUAUGGGAAAGAAUGCAAGUUACUAUCCUGGCUCUAUUGUUCGGAUGAAGUUAGUCAAAUUCCUGACUUACGAUGAAUGUGAAUACUUUCCAGGACCAAGUUUAAAUGUCAUCCUAGGGCCAAAUGGAAGUGGCAAGUCAUCUCUUGUUUGCGCUAUAUGUCUUGGAUUGGGUGGUUCUCCAAAGCUCUUGGGUCGAGCUGAUAAUGUUGGGGAAUUUAUCAAACAUGGUGAACGGGAGGCAAUGGUUGAACUUGAAUUAUUAAAUUGUGAAGGAAAUGGUAGUUUGGUCAUCACAAGGACUAUAUCCCGUGACAACAAGUCGUCAUGGCAACUUAAUGGAAAACUUGUUGCUCAAAAGAAUAUCCAAGAUUUAGUGAACAAGUUGAACAUCCAAAUCAGUAAUUUAUGUCAGUUUUUACCACAGGAAAAGGUUGUUGAAUUUGCCAAAAUGUCACCACAGGAAUUGUUGGUUGCUACUGAAAAAGCUAUUGGUCCGCCUGACAUGUGGCAAAAUCAUCAAGAUUUAAUAGCUUUAGGAAAGCGUGGCAAAGAUAUGGAGGCGUCUUUGAGUGAGAAAAAAGAACAUUUAGAGAAUUUACAACAACAAAACAGCCGUUUAGAACACGAAGUAAAGAGAUAUAAGGAGAGAGAGAAACACUUGGAAAAAGUUAGACAACUACAAAAGAAAAAACCUUGGGCUGAAUAUGAAGAGUUAAGAGUUCAGUUUGUCGACAAGAAAAAGACGCGCGACGCUUUGAAGAAAGAUGUCGAUGCAGCACGAAAACAAAACGCUCCACUAGAAAAGAAGAAAAACGAAGCGGUGAAAAAAGUACAACAGUGUAACGAAGACACCAAAGAAAUGGGAAACAGAGGUAGAGUUGCGCAUCAAAACUUCAAGAACAAAAAGGAUAAAUUAGACGAAUCCUUAGAUAAGGUCAAAGACAAGGAAAACGAACUCAAACAAAUGGUGGACCAACAAAAAAAUCUUCAAAAUAAAAUUGCAUCGCUUGAAGGAAUAGUUGAAGGUUUGAAAGAAGAACUGGAAGGUCUUCCUGCACCAGAAACAUUUCAGCCUCGAUUGUUGGAAAUCAAUAACGAAGCGCGUGCUCUUCAACUAGAAAUAAACAAAAUUCAAACUGAUGCAAAUAACAUCAAAGAGGAAAGAACGAACGCUGGACUGCAGCUACGAAGUGUGAAGGAUAGGCUGGCUCGUUUGGAAGAUUUAAAGAAUCAGCGCCUGGAAUUCUUAAGGUCUCACUUCAAGGACACGUAUAACGCUAUCAUGUGGCUCAGAGAAAACCAACAGAAAUUUGAGAAUUGUGUACAUGAGCCUAUCAUGUUGUUGGUCAAUAUGAAGGAUAUCAACAACGCGAAAUUUCUGGAGAUGGUCAUACCGGGCAACGACAUGCGAUCGUUUGUUUGUGAAACAAGAAAGGAUCUGCUACUAUUUCUCUCGGAAGUCCGUGAUAAACAAGGAUUACGAGUCAACGCGGUCGCCCCACCUGAUGAACCUUUAGAAAGUUUUCAACCACAUCGAAGCAUUGAACAAAUCAGACGAUGGGGUUUUCAUCAUUAUUUGAACGAAUUGUUCACCGCACCCGAUCCGGUCAUGCGCUAUUUGUGUCAGAACUGUAAAAUACACGAGAUCCCGUUGGGGGAUGACCACACAGAAAAACACGCUGACGAGGUCAUCAGAAACUCCGGGUUAUGUCAUUUCUACACGCCAUUGCUUAGGUAUUCAGUAAAAACGUCACGUUAUGGUGACCGCGAGAAAUCAACUUUAACAUCCGCUGUAAAGCCGGCAAAAAUUUUCAGUAUUUCCGUGGAUAUGGAACAGAAAAGACGUCUGGAACUCGAGAAACAGGAAAUUGAGAAAACUCUGCGUGAAUCGGAGGAAGGUUUAAAACUUCUCAUAACUGCCGACCAAAACGAACAUGUAAAGUUAGAAAAACUGCGGAACGAAAAGAAAGAUCUCCAAAAAAAACAAAGUCGACAUCGAACGGUUAUUAAUCAAAUCGAGACGAAGGAGAAAAGUAUUGAGUUGAAAAAGUCAGAAAUGCCAGAUAUAGACGUAGAGAGAGAGAUCAUUAAUUUGGCGAUCAAAAAAAUUCACGAGGAGAGAAUUGGGUUUGUUGAGAAAAUGCAAAUUGAUGUAAAGACAUGUUUGGAACUGUCCAAGGAAAGGCUUCUUAUUGGAAUGAAGCAGGCGAGAGCUGUGAUGGAGCAAGCCAAUAUUGUCAAUGUGAUGAGACAGGCCAGUGAACAACUAGUUAACUUGGAGAACGAGUUUCAAGCAAUCCAAGCUGAAGUGGACGGAAUUCGAAAGCAGGCCAAGCAACAACUCAGGGUAGCUAAGAAAGCUACGGAUACAGCAGAGGGAAGUGAGCUAUCCGAUGACUACAAGAAAAUGUUCAGCGUUUAUCCAGACACCGUGCAAGAGAUUGAAGAAAUGAUCCACAGUGAGAAAGCGAAGGCAGAUUGUAACUAUCAGACAAAUCCUCAAGUGAUUGAGGAGUACGAGAGAAGAAAAAAAGAGAUUGAGGAGUUAACUCAAAUUAUUGCGAAUAAUUCUCAUGAAAUCCAAAAUAAAGACACCCAACUUGAGACGUUGAAAGAAAGUUGGUUAAAACCCCUUAAGGAACUGCUCGCAAAAAUUAACGAAAAAUACUCGGGAUUUUUUCGCAAGCUCCAAUGUGCCGGCGAAGUUUCUUUGGCUGCUGAAGAUGGUGAAGCAAACUACGAGAAGUACGGAGUGCAAAUAAAAGUAAAGUUUCGCUCAAAAGACAGUCUUCAUGUUCUUACACAGUUCCAUCAGAGUGGUGGAGAAAAGAGCGUUUCAACAAUUUUAUACAUGAUGUCCCUUCAAGAGUUGACUCAAUGUCCUUUCAGAGUUGUCGAUGAAAUAAAUCAGGGAAUGGAUCCCAUCAACGAAAGGAAGGUUUUUGAAUUGAUGGUGGAAACGUCGACAAGACCAAACACACCACAACACUUCUUAAUGUCACCAAAGUUACUGCCAGAUUUGCAUUACUCAGACAGAAUGACUAUUUUGUUCGUGUACAAUGGUCAUUGGAUGUUGAGCCAUGACAAGUGGAAUACAAAAAAGAUGAUAAAAAGAGCCAAAAAGAAAAUGGGCAGUUAGAAGAGAUGAAACAGCUUUGAUCAAUUUCUCAUCAGUUGCAUAUCUUUGUCAUCAGGAUAAAGAUGUAUCAAUCAAUCAAACAUUUUUGUGGGAAUUUUUUAUCUUCCUAUCAAAUGACAUCACAUGGGAAUCGAUAUUUUAAACUGAAGAAAGAAUGUAUAUUUCUUUUUAUAUGUUUUAAAGGGUAUCAUUGUAAGGCUUGUUCAAUUUUCCACCACAUUUUUUAGCAAACGGGCAGUUGAAAGAAUACAAUGCACCAUGUAAAGAAUUAUAAGUAUUUUUUUUCCUUUAUUGGAUUGAUUAAUCUUAUGAACAUAAAUAAACACACAAAUGAAUUGAA